AUGUCUUACGCCGGAAACUCCAACGUUGGCUUCCCCAGCAUCUACGAGGACGGCAACCAGCGCCACAUUUCUCAAUCCCAGGUCGACGACCUCGCUCAGCACAGCGGAAAGAACGUGAAGGGUUAUCGUCCUCAGGACCAAAACGCCGCGGUCAACGAGCAUUACAUGGAGGAGUCGGCAAAGGAGAGGGAGGAAGCUGUCAAGAGGGAUCCUACGCUUGCCGCGGAAUGGCACGGCAACAAGCCCCACCGGGGCGCUCGCAUCGACAAGGAAUUGGCGGAGGAGGAUGCGGCCGAGUUGAAGAAGAAGGACCAGAAGCAGAAGCAUAAUAUUACCGGAGCGACCCAUUUCUGA